AUGUGUCACUCAUCGUCUCGCCGACUUCCUGAGUCGCUCAGGUGGGAUGGGAAACGCCCACUUUGUCCCAACCAAUGUGGGUGCAAAGGCUUUCGGAAGGAGAAGAAGGACCUCCCAUUGACACUGGCCACGCCCUUUGACCACACCAUUACACAGGUAACCACGCCCACCUCAAACAGAUCGUCCCCAGCUGUGACCUCUGACCUUGAUGAGAUGUCAUGUGACCUGAGACCACUCUGUGUAGACUCUGUCCUCACUCUGUGUGGACCCUGUCCUCACUCUGUGUGGACCCUGUCCUCACUCUGUGUAGACCCUGUCCUCACUCUGUGUGGACCCUGUCCUCACUCUGUGUCGACCCUGUCCUCACUCUGUGUCGACCCUGUCCUCACUCUGUGUGGACCCUGUCCUCACUCUGUGUGGACCCUGUCCUCACUCUGUGUAGACCCUGUCCUCACUCUGUGUAGACCCUGUCCUCACUCUGUGUGGACCCUGUCCUCACUCUGUGUGGACCCUGUCCUCACUCUGUGUGGACCCUGUCCUCACUCUGUGUGGACCCUGUCCUCACUCUGUGUAGACCCUCAGGCGUGUCACUGUGUGACUGAUCGCCGAAGUGCAGGGUCUGAACCAGGACUGAACCAGGACUGA